AUGAAGCAAGAGCCUGGCCACGAGCCGAUGGCCCUGAUGUCUCUGGCAUCUCAAAGCAUGGGCGGGUCAUUUGUCGGGAUGGGGCCCAAUCUUGCCCUCAAGGACUUCGGGCAAGGGUUCCUCAAGGACAUCAACGAUGCCCUGGGUGAGCUGCAGUCUCGUGGCAUUCAGCACGUUGCCAGUCUGCCGGAGUUGGUGCUCGUCGGUGACCAGUCGUCGGGCAAAUCGAGUUUGAUGUCCGGCAUCGCUGGGCUCAGUCUGCCUCGCAGCAGCGGCACCUGCACAAGGUGCCCGAUCCAUAUCAGAAUCUCGCGAGCUGAUGAGUGGUCUUGUCGGGUUUUUCUGAACUUGGAGUAUGGGUUCAAGCUGCCCGAUCAUGCCAUUACUGAGCAGGAUGUCACAGCAACAAACCCGUUCCCUCCCUGGGUCAAACUCGACCCCAGUCGCACACGACGCCACGAGUUCAAGACAGUCCGGGACAGAUUUGACAGCGAAGAGAUUGAAACCGUACUGCGCUGCGCCCAGGUCGCAAUCUUGAACCCAUCCACGCCCUACCAGGCCUUCAUCCCCAAGCCUCGGGGUGGAGAAGGGCCUGACUCCCAACAGCUGACUCAGCACGAGCUGAUUUCGCGCAAGGAGGAAGCCUCCGAGGCCCAGUUUUCGCCAAAUACCGUCGCGCUCGAGAUCAAAGGGCCUGAUCUAGCCGACCUCAACUUCUAUGAUCUUCCGGGUGUGUUCAACACUGCUCGGCGGACCGAGGAUGCUUACUUGGAGCGUGUCGUCCAGAAUCUGACCAAGCUUUACAUUAAGCGGGAGAAAGCCAUCAUUCUCUGGGCUGUGCCCAUGAAUCUUGACACGGAAAACUCGCUGGCGCUGCGCCUGAUCCGGGAGAGUCGUGCUGAACACCGUUGCGUUGGGGUGAUCACCAAGGCAGACCUGCUGCCGCGAGAUGACCAAGCUACUGAGCGCUGGCUGGGAAUUCUCAAGGGCCGUGGACAUCGCAUCGGCUUGGGUUAUUUCAUCACCUCUCGACAAGGUCAAGAUUUGGAAGAACAGACGAAGCGGGAAGAGGCCUUCUUCAAUCGAACAGCAGAAGGACACUGGCCCGAUGUUUUUGAUCGCUACCAGGAGAGGUGCGGUAUAGAAAAGCUGAAGGCUUUCUUGUCUUUGAAGCUCGGCGAAGAGUUUUCCAAAGUUCUUCCAGAAGUGAAGCGCAAAGUUCUUGAGCGACUCAACUUCAUCGCUGAGCAGCUCCAACUGUACCCGGGGCCACCAGCGAACCCGGAUCUGGAAAUUUACAAGGCACUGACCAUGUUCAGCAGCCUGUUGAAGAAGCGAGUGAUUGACCAGGAAUUUAUGAGCACCUGGGACACAGCCUGUUCCGCCCGGUUUACAAGAGCCAUUCUUGAGCUGAAGCCCAAGUAUAACGUACGGUUGUUCGCCAAGUCAUCCGCCGCGAGUGCUCCGGUAUUAAUAGAUCUCGACACGCCCACCAGGGAGGGCAGCCCCACGCCCACACCCAGUGGCAGAAAGCGUGCUGCCCCAGCCGAGACCCCCAGUCGCCGACAGCGCAUCAAGGCUGAAGAUGCCGAGGGACGGUCUUACCCCUCCACCCCUACGAACAUGCGCACAACCAUGACCCCGACCAAAGGCAGGCCGAGCAAGACACUCAUGGAAAUUCGGCGCAUGAUCCAGCGCAAUGCCAUACCCGGCCAGCCGGGCCUCGUUUCUUCCAAUGUCUAUGAACCGCUUUUUACAGAAGCGGCAAAGGCCUGGAAGGGUCCGCUCCAGACGUUCCUCAACCAGACCUUCAACUUCUUGAGCAAGGAAAUCCAGGAGAUCCUUGACUCGACUUUUGCGGCGUUGAAGAACCGGGCAAUUUACAAGUUGUCGACCGAGCACAUGCAGGCUUUUGUCGAGAUGCACAAGAAGGAGUUGCAGGCCCAGCUCGCGCUGAUUCACGAACUCGAGGGCACGCGUCUGUUCACCAGAAAUGACGAUGCCUUGCACCGGUACAAGGCUGAAGAGUUAAGGACCUUGACUAGGCACCGGAACCACUACCGCAUUGCCGCGCACAAGGGUGAUGAGCCAGCUAGCUCACUCCCUAAGAUCGAGGAGCUCAGCGAGGAAGAACUCGCCCAGGAGACAGCCAAGAUGGAGAAGGACCUCCGCCAGAUGGGCCCCGAGCCCUUUCAGCAGGAGCUGGAUGUGGCCGCCUACACCAGAGGCUAUUACGUCCUUGCCGCUCAUCGGUUCACAGACAUUGUGUGCAUGCAUGCCAUGUCUGGGCUGUUUCCCCGUGUGGCCUCGGUCAUUGAGACAUACCUUCAGGAUAAGCUUGGCCUUACUGGCAACCGCACCACUCCUGAGAUGCUGGAUCAGCUCAUGGAGGAAGAGGGUCGCAUUGGCCAGAUUCGCCGAGAUCUCUGCGCGGAGAAGGAGACUCUCGACGGUGCCAUGGCCAUCAUUGUCAACCUCGAGAACCGCGACAAGACUCCCUCGCAAGCCGAGAGCAACGUUACGAUUCCCAAUGACCUUACGUCUGGCCGGGCCGCGGGCUCGCCAUCGGGGACAGUGUAUGGAGAUGCGUAA